CUCGCAUUGAGAAUCCCCCCCAUUACACGCCAGUUAUCCGGAUAAUCCCACAUAGCUGCGCAAAGCAGGGACGGAAGUCGGCAGGAUGGCAACGUCUCAGCGCAUCCGAAGCCUAAGUCACGACGAAUCGGAGCGCACGCUGAGCAAGCCGCCUGUCAAGUCUCGGAUCCAGUCGGACAAUAGGUCGGCAAAGGUUAUGACGGUCGAAAGCACUGGUCCAAUCUUUAGCACGCCGACGGAGCCCGCAAUAGGACCCUGCAACAAAAGCAGCUUCCGCUUGAACGAUGUCGAGAAGAGCUUCAACAACGUGGUGAAGAUUGUCAAGACGGCGUUUGUCGAGGAUGAAAUCAAGCGCGCGAUGGAAUCGAACUGGAUGCUUGUGGAGACCGACGCCGGCGAAGUCUCUGCAUUGGACAAUGCGCUCGACACGCUCCGCGACGCGUUCCUGUUCACAACGUCCCUCUCCGAGAGCAAGCUCGACUCGAGCGCUCACUCGAUCAUAACUCACUGCGAGAAGGUUGCCGAACGCAUCUUUGACCAGAAAGAGUCGCGCGAGGUCAUGGUCGCGAACUGGAACGACACAAACUUACUGCCGAACCUCCAAAACAAUUUGCAGGAAAUUAAGACAUUAGUGCUGCCGCCGCUGAAUCGCCGGGAAAAAGCGGCCGAGCUCAAGAUCCUCAAGAGGAUUGAGCGCUUCGUCUCGCUCAUGUCGUCCAGCCUACAAGCGAUGCGGGCCGACCUCCAGAGCUUCCUCACCGACCUCGACAAGAUUCUGCUCGAAUGCAGCACGCUUCUCGUCGAAGUAAUCACGUUCCUGCACAUGCGAAGCCGGACCGCUGAUUUUAGCGGCACGGGGGUCGCUGCCGGAGCGGCCGGGCUCGUUGCAGGAAUUUUGGUGACAGUGACAGCUUUGCUGACAGCACCAAUGUCUGCUGGCUUGACGCUGCCAUUUCUCGUCGCGGGCAAGGGGCUCAUUGCAUCGGGCGUGGCGACGCUGGCCCCGUGCAGCUUGAUGCUGGCGAGCCACAACAAGCAGCUGGAAGGGCUCGCUAGCUUGGUGCGAAGCCUUAAGGCCCGCCUCGAGAUUUUAUUCCAACGGCGGGAGGUCCUCGUGACGGCGUACUAUGCGUGCAUUGAAGCCGAGUUCAACAUCCAGCACGUGGGGACGUUCUGCAAGGACGCGGUCGAGCUCGAGAUGCCACCCAAGGACAACUCGAUGCCAUUCAUGACGCUCGUGGAGAAGAAGUUGCGCGUGAUUGAAGAAAACAUCGACGUGUUUGCGUCAGACCCGUCUGUGUUUCACUAUUGCCAUGAGGACGAAGACCAGGAGAAUGGCUUGCUGUACCUCGACAAGUAACAACACACGAUUCUUAACGAUACAUAGAUUUAAGUGUGAAGGAAGAGCGUCCGUCGAGCCGAGCGCUAUUACUUAGCUCAUCAAGCACACCCGGGUUCUGCAGAGGUCAACAAGCAGUCCUCUCGACCUCUACCGGGGGAAGGCCAAUUGAAGGUGAUAUGAAAUAAGAUGUAAAAGAGAGAGUACAAGCGGUAAAGUUCUCGAUGGUUGGGUGGUGUUGAAAAACACCAGAGCAUGAUAUCCCAUCAGGGAAUCAAAGAUAGGGAGAAGGCAUUUAGCCGCCGAAACCGUACAAGGUGCGACCUUGGCGCUUCAAGGCAUACACGACAUCCAUGGCCGUCACGGUCUUUCGACGAGCAUGUUCAGUGUAGGUGACCGAGUCACGGAUCACGUUUUCCAAAAACACCUUGAGGACACCGCGGGUU